UGCUAACCCCGGAUGUACCAGAGUUUUUCCUGAAAGAUGGCUGCCAGAGCAACGUUGUCACCAGGCUCUAGUCCUCCAAUGUCUUCCAGCCUAGCCGGUAUUAACGACGGUGUGUCAGUAACGCUAUCACCAGAUGCGGUGCCGUUCAGCCCGCUGGCUCCGGGGGACCGGGAGGAGAUGGGUUCCGUGGCGGGGCAGUUCUCCCACUACGCAUCCAAGCUCCGCUCACUGCGAGCCGGAGAUCCAGCCAGCCUGAAAACACAACUCAACCUGCUGUUCGACCAACUGAUAUCUGAAAACUACAGCCCGAACCACAACAUACGACCUGAGGAAGUAUGCGCACUGCUCAUCCACGUGACCCGCCUGGUUCCUCUCAGCCAGGAGCACUUGGUCGUCAAGCUAUGUCAGCUUACACACCACCUCCUCAACCAGCUACAGGUGAUAGUGGACGAGCAGACGCUGGAUGUGUGUGUGUGUUACGUGGUCCGUGCGCUGGCAGUGUGUAGCCUCUGGACUCACAGUGAGGUGCUGCAGGCGUUAUCUACUCUGAUCUAUGGAAACGGACCUCGCUGCAACCGGCAUCUGAUUGAGUUGCUAGGUGAUGGUGGAGUCCUGCGUAUCUAUAGCGACCCGUCUCAGCCAGACAUGGAGCUGCGCCGUGCAGCUCUCACCUGCAUGGCUAAUCUCUGUCUGGGUGUUCCAGGCCAGGCGUCCCUUGAAGACCCGUACAGGACUGUGUGUUUCAGAGUCUUCCUGCAGACGCUCCAGUCACCCAAACCCCCGGACGCUGAAGAACUACUCUACUGCACGGUGAUCCAAGGAGCAGUGAAGGGCCUCCAGUCCUCUCUGUGUGGAGGGAAGUGGAGGUUUGGUGGACAGGAGGAACUGGGAACUCUAUUGGCAGUUCUCAAGAGGCUCAUGUUCCAAGGUUGUCCAGGAGUGUGUGUGGAGUGGCCGUCGGUGCUGUACCCCGCUCCCCUGCCUCAGUACGAAACCUGCAGUACCCCCAAACCUCCCGAACCUCCACAGAACCCCCCCACCCAGACCUCAGGGAAUAAGAAGAAGAAGUCUCGAGGACGGGGGAGGAAAGGAGGAGGGGAGGAUGAGGAGAGAGAGGCAGAACCCAGGCUCCAGAGAGGAGGAAGAGGAGGGGAGGCCUGGUCUAAGACCUCGGUACUUCCUUCUCCAGGCGUUCCGUCUCUCUAUCCGUUAUGGAAGAGGAGCAGUUCUGAUUCAGAGUUCUCUGAUCCUGAGGGAGCAGCUCACAGUAAACUGAGGUUGUUCCAUGGCAGGGUGCGGCAGGGUGUGUUGCUGUGUCUCCUAGCCGUGGUGAAGGCAGUUGAAAAGAGGACGCUGUAUGGCUAUUGGUCGUCGUUCAUACCGGAUGCUCCCAUUGGUGGACCUCCUCCGCUCACACUGCUCACUGUAGUACUGAAGGACCCCUCACCCAAGGUGCGUGCGUGUGCACUCCAGGUGGUGUCUGCAUUGCUCGAUGGUUCCCGUCAGUUCCUGGGCGUGGCUGAAGACUUGGCUCCAGCCAGAACCUCGUACACUCCAUUCUCCUUCUCCCUCGCCACCGCCGUCCGCGAGCUUCACCGCUCGCUCUCCCUCGCUCUGCUGGCCGAGGCCUCUGCUCACACGCUCACUCAGAUCAUCAAGUGCCUGGCUCACCUGGUGUGUAAUGCUCCCUAUAACCGCCUGAGACCCGGCCUGCUCAGCCCGCUGUGGAGACAGAUACAACCCUACCUCCGACACAGAGACGUGAACGUGCGGGUGUCUGUUCUGACACUGUAUGGAGCGUUGGUGUCGACCCAAGCCCCUCUUUCUGAGGUACAGCUACUCCUUACACACACCUCGCAGGAGACGGGGCUGAGCUGGAGGCAGAGGGAGGGCUUUUCCUCACCUCAUACUCCAUCCUCCCACAAAUACCACAACUCACACACACCUCGGGGCUCACAUACUCCAGGAGAGGAGGAGCCAGGCGUGCCCUGGCUGCUGCAGCUGUGUGUGUCGCUUGUCACUCAACCCAAAGACGAUCAUUCAGACAGCGAGGGUCCAGGAGGAGGAGGGGCUACAGCUCUAGAGCCCUCCCCAGUCCGCCUGGAGGCCUUACAGGUGCUAGCCCACCUGGUGCGUGGUUACUUCCCUCUGUGCCAGGCGUGUCUCUGUGAGCUGGGGCAGGUGAGCGCACGUUGCCUCCGAGAGACAGACCCCUCCAUUCAACUACACGGAGCCAAGUUACUAGAGGAGUUGGGGACAGGUAUCAUCCAACAGUACAGACCAGACAACAGCCAGUCAGAGAGCUGCAGGGUCCCCAUCUCACAGGUGGUCCAGUUCUGGGUGGAUGUAUUGAGUGGUCCGCUGAACGGAGCUCUUCAGAGUCAUCAGCAUCCUACUCUACAGACCAGCGCCUGUGACACCCUCUCCUCUAUCCUGCCACAGGCCUUCACACAGCUACCUGAGAAGAGCCAGGUUCUGUGUGUAACAGUAUUGUUGGGGCUGACCUACAGUGAUAACUCUCUGGUGAAGGCUGCUGCAGUCAGAGCUCUGGGAGUCUACAUUCUGUUCCCCUGUCUACGAGAGGUACAUACACACUGGAAUCAGAACUGUGGUGGCACUGUAGACUGGUCUCACCACUAGACCAGACAGGUCUCACCACUAGACCAGACAGGUCUCACCACUAGACCAGACAGGUCUCACCACUAGACCAGACAGG